GUGUUAUUGCGUUAUUGAUGAAAAACAAACCUCAAGCAAAAUGGAUCAAGAUCUACUGAAACGAAUCGCAGGGCUAAGUCAGGACGCGUUGUUUGAAAUGAAAAAGCUCUUAAGAUCCAGAUGCGCUGAUAGACAGCUGUCUGCGGCAGAUGCACUGGAAUCCUGCUUGCGGUCCGAGUCUCUGUCACACCGAUGUCCUUUGAGAGAGUUUAUGUUGGAGGAAGACAUGGUGGGCUUUUUGUGUGACGCCAUGACCACAAAUUCUUGGCCACUGUUGGAGCGCCUCACUUCCGUCCUGGAGCUACUGUCCGAUUCGGACAAGAUGCUGCAGGAGGGCCACGCCGUCCUCGCCGCCGAGGCGUUGCAACGCCGCGUGCACUUCCUGGGGCUCAUGGUGGGCUCCUCCACGGAUUGCGAGUCAGCACUGCGCGCCAUCCUGGGCCUCCUGUCCACGCUGCUCCUCAGGUGGAAAUCUUUGAAUGUGCGGCGAAGAGGGGGCGUGUCCGGUUUGUGCACACCUAUGGGUAUGCUCUCCACGCUGCGCCUCGUCCUGGAGGCGGGGCUCAAGGACUCCACCUCCGCGGCGACAACCUUGGCCGCGGCGCACACUCUGUGUGGCCUUAUAAACCUUGUCGUCGUUGGAGCCGAACCUGGUGACCCUUACAGCCUUGCGGCCUCUAUCGCGUCGUGCGUGCGAGCGGCUCUCGCCUGCCUGCAUCGCCUCCUGGAGGAGUCGGCCGAGGAAGCGCCGCGCAAGGACGAUGACGAAGACGAGGAGCAGCUAAGAAGCAUGGCCUGUGAAUGCGUGCUGUCGCUCUUGACGCACAUCAUAGGUGCGCGGGUCGCCUGCGAGGAGACACUGGGCCGCGAGGACGACGCCCUGCUCGUCUUGGAGAGCCUGGAGGACGAGGUGCAGGAGGCUGUGCUGGAGAAGUGCCUGCCUCUGGUCAUGAGGGAGGCGACCGCCGCCAUCAAGGAGAGCUUGGGGCCGGAGGCUGCUGCGGGCAGCGAGGAGGAUGUCCUUGCCGGCCUGCCCGCGCUUGUCGGUGUGUUGCUGGACUCCCUGCAGACCAGCUUGUCGAAGGGCAAGGACCCGGUGGCAUUAUCUGACAGGCUGGUCUGCGAAAACUUCCUGUGGCUGCUGCCCACGCUGCACCGAGUCGAUCCAAGCUACGGCGCCCCCUUGCGCCUGCUCUUCGGCGUGCUGGCGCACCUGGCGCACGAUCUCCUCGACGCCGGCUCCUGGUGGGAGGGCGGCGCAGAGGAUCUGGCCUCCUUCUUGGACACAGCUAAAUCCGUCCUCCCACUCAACAACUGCGAGUGGCCCAACAUUCUGGAGAUGCAUUCCUACACGCCACCGCUGCCCUCCGCUGGGCCGCCCGCCGCGGCUCAACUCCUCGUCCUGAUGCUCGCCUACUUCCGCUUCCUAGCUGACAGCGACUGCGACAGGGAGGAGAUGCUUGCCCUCGCUUGUGGCCUGCCAACCUACAUCCAAUCGCUCCCGGCCCGCACGCCCGUCAGCAUCCUCAAGAUGACGUGGGUCUCGUAUUCGGUGAGCUGUCUGAUGGCGGAGGAGGCGUCAGCCGAGAGCCGCGCGGCCGGCACGAGGCUCGCGACGCUGCUGGAGCAGACCGAGAGCGUGGAGCGCGCCUACACGCACCACCCCGCCGUCCUGUUCUGGGCAUUCCACGGGCGGAGUGGCAUGCCGCCCCAGCUCCAGAAGACCGUCGCCGAGCUGUGGCUUCGCGACGGCGACGCGCCCUCCAACGUGGCGCCCAUGCUGGAGCUCGUCGCGGCCCACCCCGCCGCGGUGCACCCUUUGCUGGACGUGGUGUGUGACGGCGUCCCGGAGGCCGCGCAGCGAGCGGCGCGUGUCCUUGCCAAGGCGGCCGCCUCCAGCGGCACCGUGGCGGCCGACCUGUCCGCGGGGCUGUGGGUCCGCGUGCCCGUCGUGCUGUCGAGCUCGGCCUCCCGCCCGGACCCGGCGGGGCGGCAGGACGGGGGCUGCGGCCUCCUGGUGUGGCUCGCCGCCGAGGUGUUCCGGCCGCCGCCAGCGGACAUGGUUCUGCGCGUGGCCAACCUCCUCGGCGGCGCCCUGGGCCGGCAGAGGCUGGGGUCCGAGCCGCACUACCUCUCCGCCGCCAUGUUCAUCCUCCGCAGGCUGCUGGAGGACGCGCGAUGCCGCAGCGACCCGCGAGUGCACACGACGCUGCUGAGCGACACGAGGUUCGCGCAGGCCCUGCUGCUCGCCGCCAGGUACAAGGACGCCCGGACCUGCACCGCUGCCCUGGAUCUCCUACGCCUGCUCGAGCAGGACAACGCUCUGCUCAAAGUGCCAGUCGUACAGAGCCCGCAGACAUUGGAGAUGGGAGUUGUUCUCUUAGCCGUCAACAGUGUGCACCUCGAGGUUUUCGAGGCAGGCCUUCUCCUGCUACAAGAAGUGCUAAAGCCUAAAGAGCAGUCGUUCGUAAGCUUGGAACAGAACGAGAAAUUUUUAAGAUCGGUCUACUUCGUUUUACAAAACAAGGCUAUUAAGUUCAAAGAUCUGGCUGCUCUUGGAGUCACCGUGUGGACAGUGCUGAGGGAGCUCUUGUCGCAGAGCGAAAUGAUCGUCCACCAGCCUUGGAACCACGUACUCGUCAGCUUCACACUCAAACAAGGCCCAAUGGACGAGGCGAGCAUCGAAGUCUUGGCUUUCCUUUUACGCUGGCUGAGCUUGCUGGCUCCUACAAAACCCCCGCAGCCGACACCUCGGCGUCCGUUGCGUUCGAUGUUAACUGAGACAUGCAUCGAGAUUGCAACCGCUUUGGUCAAUGCGGAUAAGCAGUUCCAGGCCAGCGUGAUAGCACGGGAUAUCGGAAAGGCGUUGCUAAGAGUUACGGCGAAUCUUCCGACCAGCCUACAUCAAACUGUCGAAGAGAUAGCUACUGAACAGUGAUCAAGAAAUUAUUGCUUAUUUACAUUUUAAUCAAAUUUUACCGUAGGAAGUCUUCCAAAUUUAAUUCAGU